AAUUCGUCACUGGUUCAUCCCGUGAUGAUUGUGUUUUCAUCCACCGGUAGCAUGUGGGUGCUUUAUAUGCGCUAGUCAAUUGAGUGAAUGUCUACUUAUUAAAUACAGAAAUAUUAAUAUACGCAUACUGUAUGAUAGCUAGCAAAUGAAUUAGAUAACUAGCUAGAACUUCUGAAGGAAAAUGUGUAUUUCUACAAUUUCCAAAAGAUAACCAAACAAAACAUUGACUUUUUUACGAGGUGUGUUUGUGCCGUCAUGUGCAUUAGUAGCACAAUUUCAAACCAAUUUGCAUUUGUUUUUAUUUACACUUGUACGUUAACUUAAAAACAACGGAGAAGUUUUCGCUGACCGUUCUUAGCGGAUGUACAAUCGUCGCCAAAUUGAAUUAUGGCGAGUUUCAGGCCCUGGAGUGAACAUAAUUGUACACACGCAAACUCGACUAAAAAAAGACAACUAAGGGGCUUACGUUGCAAACUUCCCUUGCUUGGCUAAUGAUUUGGACCACCCGCCAAGAUGGCGAUGGGGAUUCCCCCAAGGGCAUAAGGCCCUUGGGAUGAUGGACUACUCCCUGCAGAUCUCUGUCUCUGAAGAGGAGGUUCCUCCUGAGCAGCAGCACUGUGAGCAGGAGUGGAGCCCCAGUCGGGGGCAGGAGGACCCAGAGACCACACAGAUUAAAGAGAAACAGGAGGAAGUCAGGACCAGUCAGGAGGAAGAGCAGCUUCAAGGUCUGGAGCCUGAUAUCAUAGAGUUCGAUUUCACUCCUUCAGGUGUGAAAAGUGAAUGUGAUCAGGAGGACCCACUUUGGUCCUUGACUCUUCCCCAAACCCAGACUGUGAAGGACAGAGAGGGAGACUCUAAACCAGUAGAUCGCAAACCUUUUGUCACCGUGAACCACCUAAAGUGUCUUGACAUUCCCUGUGAUCCUCCAGAUAAUCAGAACAUUGCCUGCAGCCACAGCUCUGCUGUAAGCAGAAACCCAGUAGGACUUGACAGCAGCCCACCAUUGGAUCUGAACACAAUAAUGGGGGAAACCUGCACAUGGCCCUUUUGUGGCAAGACCUUCAAACAAAAAGGACAUCUGUCCAGGCACAUGAGGGUUCACACAGGAGAGAAACCUUUUAGCUGUGGUGACUGUGGAAAAAGCUUCAGUCAGAAGGGGACCCUAACCAUGCAUAAACUGACUCACACAGGAGAGAAACCGUUUAGAUGUUUUUUUUGCAGUAAAAGCUUCAGCCAGAAAGGGGACCUAAUGAGACACAUACUGACUCACACGGGAGAGAAACCAUUUAGCUGUGGUGACUGCGGUAAAGGCUUCAUUCGCAAGGAGCACCUAACUGCACAUUUACAGACUCACACAGGAGAAGUGUCGGUCUCAAGCAGAACCUAACCAUGCAGAAACUGAUAUAGAUCUGAAACUGUCUAAACCGUUUAGCUGUGGUGACUGUGGGAAAAGCUUCGGUGUCAAGGGGAACCUAACUGUUGACAUAGAGACACAGGAUGAUACACUUCUAUUUGUGGUGACUGUGGGAAAGGCUUCAAUCAUAAGAUGGACCUAAGGAGGCAUAAACUGACUUACAGUGAAUUUGGAAAGUAUUCAGACCCCUUGACUUUUUCCACAUUUUCUUACAUUACAACCUUAUUCUAGAUUUGAUUAAAUAAAAAAAUGCCCUCAGCAAUCUACACACAAUAACUCAUAUUGACAGUGAAAACAGUUUAUCAAUUUUUUUCACAUAUUUUUUAAAUAUUUUUAAAUAACUUAUUUACAUAAAGUAUUCAGACCCUUUGCUAUAUGAUUAUAAAAUUGAGUUUGGGUGCAUCCUUUUUCCAAUGAUCAUCCUUGAUGUUUCUGCAACUUGAUUGGAGUCCACCUUUGGAAAAUUCCGUUGACAAGACAUGUUCUGUCAGCUGAUGAGGAAUAUGCAAGGAUGUGGACACCUCGUAGGAAAGGAGGAUCAUUCACACUGAGGGUUUCAGAUAAAGGUAUAUAUAAAAGCACGUUGUGUUUUUCAACAUUUUAUGUGAAUAAAGUUUGAUUUGAUUCAAUUGAUGAUGUAAUGAUUAAACAGUGAAUGGUAGGAAUGUAGGAAGCUCACAGGUCUGCUGUUCUGUCUGAUGUUUUCACGUUAUUAAAAACAGGAAUUCCUGGGCCUUUCGAUUUAGAAUGUCUCCCAGCUGAUGAGAGAGUGGUUAUUGAUACAUGGAAAAAAUAUUUACUUUCCAGAAUAUAUCUUCCUUCCAUCGGUCCAAAAGUAUUUCUCAUCCAUUUUGACCUAAUGCUGCUUAUUCAUGAUAUUGUUUUGAAUCUUUUGGGAAGUAAUGAUUUAUAAUCGACACCUCGUAAGUACACUUUGUAGAAGUGCAAACUCGGUUUUAAGUAUACUACAGUGUUUUUCAGUCCCAACUCAAUAAAAUUAUUUGUAAAAUCUCCUUAUUACUGCAUUCUUUAGUUUAGCGCCCAAUUUUUCAGUUUUUGAUUUGUUAAAAAAGUUUGAAAUAUCCAAUAAAUGUCGUUCCACUUCA